CAAUAAUCGGAGGAUGUGCGCAGAUUUUGCAUAGUUCGAGCAGAAACUGGGGCCGACGAGUAAAAAGCGUGUUGGAAACCUACCCAUUGUCAGUACCGUGAUCUCUCCGAGUAGGAGCUAAGGUACUCUGUUCUGAAAAAAUUGAGUGACAUUGACCAGUAAUAUUUGGGUGUAAGAUGGCUGGACAUAGGAAAACAUCUGAAGAAGAGAGAAAGCGUAUCAAACGUGAUCGGAAACGAGAACGGAGGCGUAAAAUAAGAGAAGAUCCAGAAAACCGUGAGGAGCAGCGAGAAAAAGAGCAUCAGAAAUACUUGCUUCAACGGAAGAACAAAGAAAGGAAGCUUGUUUCGGAAAAAACAGAAAGGGAAAUUAGAUCGCAGCGUAAAAAGUGGAGGGAAUAUACAAAAUCUCAUAGAGACCGAUUAAAGUUAAGAUCAUCCGAAAGUUCAGAUAUGCCAGAGCAUGUGACGAAACGGCUGGAUGGGAGAAAGGAGCAUGCAAUAAAGAAGAGUAAUAGGAUGCAACUCAAGCGACAUCGAGAAAGAAGAAAAAAUGAAGCGACAAUAGCAGACCUUAAAAACAAAGUCGGAAACUGGAAGAAAAAAAUAUUCUCGCCUGAAGAAGUCAAUGUACAAAAAUACAGAUGUCGCUCAACAAACUAGUUCCCCAUCAGUACCACCUGGAACUAGAGUACAACAGAUCAUAGAAAGCUCUUCAAUACAGGAGAAAAAUGUAGAAGAGGUUAAAAAACAACUUCUUUUUGGGGAAGCCAUCAAGGACCAGCUGUCAGAAAGUUAUAAAUCGUUACGCCCAAAUGAAAAAAAGGUUUUUGUGAAAAUCAUGAAUCGAAGAAUUAUUCAAAAGUACAAGCUUCAACGAACGUGUUCCAAAGUUUUUCGAUAUACAAAAAUAAGAGUAGUGGAAUACAGCGAAGGAUGUAAACGUUAAUCAUAGAAAAAACCUAAAAGCAUCUGAAAAUAGGAACAAAAUUGUGGCGUUCUUACAGGAAGAUGUGUACUGCAGGAUUUGAAGUUACCCAUCAAAAAAAAAAUUUAACAAACACUUUGAAAAAUAUGUUCAGAGUUUUGUAAAAGAUACUCCGAUGUCAAGGUGAGUUAUACAUUUUUCUGCAGAUGUAAGCCUUUCUGGAUAGAGUUUAUGAAGGUAGCAAAUCGUGACACAUGUAGAUGUAUGACACAUAGUAACAUGGAGAAAUUGAUUGUUGUAUCUCUCUGACAAAGUAAAGUGUUGCAUUGCAAAAGUGUAAUAGAAGUAAUUGAAUGCAAUGAAUUAAUUGUGUUUACUUAGGAAAUGUUCAGUGUGUGUAUCUUAUAAACCUAAAUAUUUUGAGUAGUACGAUCCUGGUAACGUUGUAUCAUUUAGACAGUGGAGAAAGAUAAAACAAACUUAUUUCAGCAAAAGAUCACAAAACAACGUUACCUGCUUGAAAAUUGCUAAAAUCAGGCAAGAGAUAGCAAUAUCAGAUAUUUUGAACAAAUUUGAAAGUAGGUUACCUCUUUUUCUGGCACACGAGAGCCGCAUUUUCCACCAAUACAAAGCAAUCAAGACUCUGAAACAGAACUUGACAAAUAAAGAAAUACUCAUUCACUGUGACUUUUCUGAGAAUUAUAAUCUGAAGUACGCAGAAGAAAUCCAGUCUUAUCAUUUUGGAGGAUCAAGGCAACAGAUUACGUUACAUACUGUGGUAAUUUAUAGCCGAAUACCAGAAAACGACUUGAAGGUUGACAGUUUUUGUACAUUAUCAGAGUAGUUGGAGCAUGGUCCUGGUGCCAUAUGGGCUCAUCUGUUUCCAUCUGAUCAAACUUUAUACUGAUAAUGAAUCAGCUAACAGAACUUCCCGUAUGUAUAGAUAUGUGGCCUUGUGUGAAGAAGCUAUUGAUAGUACUUCAGACGAAGGCAUGGUUACUUUCCUCAGAGAGUGUUAUGCCAGAAUCUCGCAACCAUUUAGAUUAGAAGAAGACGAUAGCAGUUAUUCUAGCAGCAAGGAUAACGUUGAAAUAUUACCUAAGCCUAGCAUUUUCUAUAAAUUUUCAACUAAUAUUGAUGUCUUCAAAAGUGCUCAAGCCAGCAAAAUUUUCAUGUAG